AAUCAUAACAAUUAAUUUAAACAGUCGUAUUGCUAUUCCAAAGUUUAAUGAGUCCCACUGUAUAGAUAAAGUGAUAACAAAACAACUUUCAAAUAUGAGAACGACUUUUUAAACCUUGGUAAAAAGUACAGCCCGUUUUUAAAAAUCAACAAAGGGAAAGAAUUAAAAUUGUUUGAACAAGAAAUAGCAAAUUUAUUUAAAAAUUACAUGAAAUCAGAAUUUAGGUUGGAAAUUUCAUUAUCUUCAAAAAAUAUAAAUAAAGAUUUGAGCAAAAUGGUCAAACAUGUAAAACGAACCAGAAACUCUAAACUUGAAAAGUUUUUGAAUAAAUUCCGAAGAAUCUACAAUGAAGUUAAAGAAUUAUUUAAAACACAACUGGAAAAAUGUCAAAAUACAUCACUCCCUAACUAUAAAAGUUUCGAGAAGGCCUUCGAUUUAAGUGACGAUAGAAUAAUUGUUGAAGCAGAUAAAAAUGUCGGAUAUGUAUGUCUAUACAAAACGGAUUUACUAGAUCAGUAUACAAAAAUAAAUAUCCAACAAUAUUUUGGAGCGGUCAAUAUUACCGAAAACUGGUAUCUUGCAAAUAUUAUGAACUUCAUUAAUGACGCUAAAGUAAACCUUCCUAAAGAGCUUUCUAAAAUCGUUUUGAACAAAGACUUUAUCUGGAAUGAACAAACAUCAGAAAUAGGUGUAUUAAGAUUACAACCAAAAGUUCUAAAGUUAAAAGCAAUUAACAAUCAAAAUAUUAAAAACUUAACUUCACGAGGGAUUAAGAGCUCCAUGAAAGAUCCGAUUAAAAUAAUUCAAAAAGUUCUUGAUAAAAUUUUCAAUCACUUACUUUUUCAUAUUGAGGAAACUUUUCAAUCCCAAUUUGGAAUGCUUUCACCAUCAGUAACGGGCGUAAAUGAAGCCAUGGAAAGGAUUAAAAAUUCAAAAACAGGACUAUGGGGCAGAUCAAUUGAAUUAGAAGGAGAUUUCAGUGACCUCUAUUCAAACUGUAAUAAAAAUUUAUUAACUGAAUGUGUGGAAAAAGCAUGCUGUUACGCUAAAUUACAUGAGUCAACUUUUAAGUACAUAAAACUUCUUAUUGAUAAUAUAAUGACACACUCAUACUUUAAGGAACCAACAGGUUUAUUUAAAACCUUAAAGGGCUUUUCAAUGGGAGACUGUUCAGCGGCAAGAGGUAGCGAAAUUAUUCUUAGGAUAUAUGAGAUUAAAAUGUUCGCAAAUUUAGCAAGGAAAAAUUUGUUAAAAAAUUUACUAAGAUUUUUGCGUUUUAGAGACGACGUGUCCAUCCACAUUACUGGAACUGAUCUAGAGUUGUUUCAAGCCAUGCAAAUUAUUGGAUCAGGACCCAGAGAAGUACUAUCAGCCCAUGGAAGUUUCCGGACAAAAACUAGAACAAAUGAUAUUUACAGUAAAACAAAUGCGUCAAAAACUAAACUUUUGAAUAAAUACACCAAGGAAACAACCAAAGGAUUCAUUGGAGUAACUUGAAUUACGGGUAAUUUUAUAUAUGAUUUGGUGGGUGGGGGUGGUUGACAUGGAUUCUUUCUUUCUUUCUUUCUUUUUUCUUUUUUCUUUUAAAUACAUAAACUUUAUCAACAAAAUAAAACCCUGCAUGGGUCUAGUGCCAAGGGGCACUGGACCCAUGCUUAAAAAGGGUCCAGUGCCACUUUGAGGAAGCACAUUUUUUUUUAGAUUUUACAAUUUAAAAUUACAAAUUAAAAUUACACUAUUUCAGAGGAUUCCGUUUCAGCCACUCAAACCCUCUUCAAUCUUUAGAACUUUGUAAAUUAUACAGAAUACAUUGCUAAUUUUGGCUGUUUUAACUAAAACUAUGUAAUUUGAAUUAUUAAUUUUAUAUUACCAUGAAUAAUAUAACCAAAGUUCCAUUCCUCAAAUUAUUUAAAAAACUCCAAUCGAAGUACAAGCCUCAUUAUAACCCAGGAUGAUCAUUUUAGGAAAGUUUGUUAAACGGGACAAUUCAAUAAUCUUUCAUCUAAUGGGUUUGGAAUUUUGAGUUUUUGAUAAACCAGUUGUGGGCCAUGAUAAGCUGGGAGCUGCCGACCAUAGCAGUGUUGAUCAGGAUGCACGGUUCGAGCCAAUCCUAUCCAUCUUCGGGACUGAGUCCUGCUGACUAUAUACUUUUAGUUAUAGUAUUAUUAAAAUAUAUG